CUCCAACCUGAACUAUUCCUACGUAGCAACAAUCUGGCUCAACAAGAGUGGUUUUCACUCUUGACUGUCGCUACUUCUUCCCCUGCAGAAGCUCGAGUCGCGUGUCUUACCGCACGCUCGCUCCUCCACUUAUCGACCGGCCUAGAUCGUCAUUGCUAACGAUUGGUGCCAACACCUGAACAGCACGCUUGCAAGCACCAGCCAUCAGAUCGGGUAUAAUAGGCGACCGGCUAUCAUUUUCUGCUGCUGUUCGGGGGCAUGAUUUGGCUUCCCAACUUCUUUAUCGAUAACUUGUGCUCGGUAGACUUCGCUCUUGACUCGAUUAGUAGGUAUAGCCUAUGGCCAAGGCAGGACGAGUCUCCACUCUGGCUAUUCUGACUUCAUCGCUCCCUGAAGCCCCGAACUUUGCCUCCAGGAAAGACAUCCCUUUGUCUUUUGAUUGAUUCUGUGGAAUGUCAAUUGUCUCUAGACAACUAAUGCAAAGUUUGGGAUCUCGGCAAUGGCAAGCGAACUUUUGUCUCCCCGACACACGCGCAAUCGUGGGGACGAAGGAUAUCGCACACCGACGAUCGAAGAUACACAGAAUGAUCUCGGGGCGUUUCCAUUCCCGUCUCGAGGGAGCCAAGUGCGCGAGGCGCAUACUUCGGCUCUUGAGGCGCUGAACCAACCUUCGUAUCAACGGACUGAAGCGCACGGCAACAAAGAAAAACGCCGGCGACGGGAAGUGGACUGGGCUACGGCGAAGAUUGGAUGGAAAGGCAGGCUUCGUCACUUCACAUGGGCCUACUUCACAUUAACCAUGGCCACGGGUGGGAUUGCGAACGUUCUGUACUUUAUUCCAUACAGAUUCCGCGGCUUGGAGACGAUCGGCAUCAUAUUCUUCCUGCUCAACUUGGUUCUCUACGUUAUCAUAUGGUGUCUGCUGCUUACGCGCUUUUACUUAUACCCCUACACGUUUAAAGCAUCGUUCUUGCAUCCGACGGAGUCUCUGUUUGUCCCUGCAUCGUUGGUUUCCUUUGGCACGAUCCUGAUCAACAUCUCGCAAUAUGGACCCGACCAUACCGGACCGUGGCUCACAUAUGCGGUGGGGAUCCUGUUCUGGAUUGACGCCGCCCUAGCCGUCAUCUCUUCUGCGGCCAUAUAUUUAAUCCUGUGGUCAACGCAAACGUUCACCAUCGCUCAGAUGACACCCAUCUGGAUCUUCCCCGCAUAUCCUAUGCUGAUCAUCGGCCCUCAUGCGGGCGUCCUAAGCUCGACCCUCGAACCCUCUCGCGCUCUGCGCAUCAUCAUCGGAGGUACGACCAUUCAAGGCGUGGGCUUCCUCGUCUCGUUGAUGGUCUACUCCGCCUUCAUCUACCGGCUGAUGUCCCAAAAGCUCCCUCGGGAGAACGUCCGCCCCGGAAUGUUCGUAUCCGUGGGCCCCAGUGGCUUCACCGUGUCGGGCAUCGUCAACAUGGCGUCUCACGCGAAGCGAAGCUUCCCCAGCGAUUUCAUGGGCAACGGACCCCUCGCAGCAGACAUUGUGAAGGUCGUCGCAGAUUUCUCGUGUUUAUGGCUCUGGGGACUAGCGCUUUUCUUCUUCUUUAUCGCGAGCUUCGCGCACUGGUCGGCGAUCGGGCCGGGAAAGAUGGUCUUCUCCAUGGCGUGGUUCUCGUUCGUAUUCCCGAACACAGCAUUGAUCACGGCGACCUUUGCGAUUGGGAAGGCUUUCUCCUGCAAGGCGAUCAAUAUCAUCGGAUGCGUGAUGGUUCCGCCUCUGAUCUUGAUGUGGCUGUUUGUGUGCUACAUGAUGGUCCGGGCGAUCGUGACGCGCCAGAUCCUCUGGCCGCAGAAGGGCGAGGAUAAGGAUGAAGGCGGAUUCGAGAUCCGUCAGAUCAAGCCCGAGUCAGGGCAAAGUACACCUUCUGAAGAGGUCUGACUGUUCGGACUGUCUGGAUCCAACCUGGCUUGAAGCACAUAUACCUGUAAUGAUCGAGUAUAUACUAGACAUUUAAAAGUAAUGAGCUAU